CUUGAAGAAGAAAAAUUAUGUUGGGAAAUGUUGUCUCAAAAUGCUAUUAACUUUCUUAGAGAUAAGGUGAAUGCACAAUGUGAAUCCGAUGGCGAAGAACCAGAAUGGCCAGACUGUGAAGAGGGAAAUCUAAAUGAAUGCCUUUUGCCUUUUAUGUGUUCGGAAAGAGAGAAAUUCAAAAGUUACUUGACGAAAAGUUUCGCUUCCUUCGUUGAAUACAAUAACGAUCUUUCAAAUUCAACUGAUCCAAUAAAAAUUGCUGACAAUAAGAAAUUGGAAGAGUUUAAGGUUUGCUUUUCUGUAUUUACUAGCUUUUGUAUGAUGUUUCCCACGUACUGCAAAAGUGAUUUGGGUUGAAAAUUGAGAGAAAUUAGAAGAUAUAUUUGAAGAUUUCAAGAAAAGAAAAGAAUAAAAUGUUUGAAAAAUAAAUUUUCGC